AUGGCUAUGAACAUAAACAACUUAGAGGAAGGAAAGUUGAACAAAGAAAGCAGUCAUCACCAAGAUUAUGAGGUUGCUUCAAUGGUCAAAUCUGUUCCAGAAGCUAUGAAAUGGGGACUACUCUUGCUAAGCUGCACAUUUAAUCUAUUAGGGUGGACAGGAGGACCUUUACUACUUAGGUUUUAUUUUUUACAUGGAGGUAGUCGGAAAUGGUUAUCCAGUGUGUUGCAGGCAGCGGGAUUCCCUAUACUAAUCGUCCCACUAGCAGUUCUUUACAGUCAACGUGAUGGAAGCCGACCUAAUAUCGAGUUUUUCGCUUCUCCAAAGCUUUUGUUCUAUGCUGCUUUAAUAGGCUCAACUCAAGGAAUUGUCAAUUUUAUGUAUUGUUAUGGUUUGCUAUACCUUCCUGUAUCUACUUCAUCUCUCAUUCUUACAACCCAACUCGUUUUUACUUCUUUUAUUUCAUUCUUUUGGGUUAAGCAGAAGUUUACUCCUUACUCGAUUAAUGCAAUUGUUGUAAUAAUAAUGGGUUCUAUACUACUCGCCAUGACUAGGUCCGGUGAUCCUCCCCCUGGUGUUACAAAUUCUCAAUACUUGUUGGGUUUCUUUAUGACUAUAGCUGCUGCUUCCACAAUAGGGACCCUCCUAGUUGCCACUCAAGUUGCUUAUGCUAAGGCAAAUCAAGCCAUGACUUAUCCUAUUGUAUUACAGUUUCAAGUUUGUAAUGCAUUCUUUGCUACACUAAUUGGCACAAUUGGAGGUCUUGCAGCAAUGGAUUUUUCAGCAAUGCGAAGAGAAGCAAGUGAAUUUGAUUAUGGUGCAAAGGCGUACUACCUUGUGCUGAUCUCAAAUAUGGUAGUUUGGCAACUAAUGUAUAUCGGAAGAGUGGGGAUCAUAUUUUGUACCUCUUCUCUUUUUGCUGGGGUCAUGAACACAACAAUCCUUCCUAUUACACAGAUAGCUGCGGUGAUAACGUUUCAUGAGAGUUUCACAGCAGAAAAAGGGAUGUCCUUGGCUUUAACCCUCUGGGGCUUCACAUCUUACUUCUAUGGUUCCUACAAGAAUAAAAGACAAAGUCAGCAGCAGCAACCUCAUGAAACAAAAGAUGCAAUAGUACUUGUCCAACCCAAUAAAUAA